AUGAUGACAUCAUCAUUUCGCGCCAGCAACCUCCCCCCACCCUCCUCAGUCGCCUCGGCCGGUACCGGUUGGAGCCCCGAGCGCCGCUGGCCCGCACAUGCGCAUAGCAGCGCUUGACCUCAGGCCCGGGCCCCCCCCGGGCCCGGGACACCUGUCCCCAGUAGCGGCGGCCACUCGGCCCGGGACCAUGGGCAGCGCGGCCUGUUCCUUCCUGGAAAUUCAGCAGAAAGUUUGCAUUCAUAGGUUGCCGAAUCUUUUCCAUAUUAAUGGAUGACAUUUGAUAUGUGCACUGCAAAUCCUGCUCUGGGACUCUGUGAACUGUGGGGUGCCUGAUGCCUGUAAUCCCCAUUCCCCGCCGUGUCCGUUCUUUCCACGGCCCCCACACAACAUGUCUGCAUUCAGCCUGUGGCCCAGUAAGGACCACUCACUUGGUGCGCACCAAGUACAACAACUUCGACAUCUAUCUGAAAUCCCGAUGGAUGUACGGAUUCAUUCGCUUCCUGCUGUACUUCAGCUGCAGCCUGUUUACCUCCAUCCUCUGGGUGGCACUCUCUAUCUUGUUUUGCCUUCAGUACCUGGGCAUCCGGAUCUUUCUGCGUUUCCAGUACAAACUCUCCAUCAUCCUCCUCUUGUUGGGGCGAAGGCGGGUGGACUUCAGCCUCAUGAAUGAACUGCUCAUCUAUGGAAUUCACGUGACCAUGCUGCUAGUGGGGGGGCUGGGCUGGUGUUUCAUGGUGUUUGUGGAUAUGUAAAUAAAGUGAGCGCACGUGGGCUCAGGAGGCGACUCUUACUCUACCCCAAACAUAUAUCUCCUUUUCCUUUUUUAAAUAUAAAUUUAUUUAUCAGUGCUAGUUUUUUGAUAAAUUCAUGUAUCUGUCUCUGGAAUUGGGUUUAUUUCAAUUUUAUUUUAUUUUUGAGGGCUGGGGUACUGCUUAAUUCCAAUCCCUGAUUGCAAGUGGGCUACAUUCGAUUUUUGUUUGCACAGUGAAAAGUACAUACAUUUCCUUUCAGUUCAUCGGAGUCUAGCCUGCUGAACUAUUCCAGUGGGCAUGAAAAGGGCAGUGAUUUAACUGGAGGAGGGAAGUCAAAUAAUUUUGCACCCUGCCCCUUUAAUCCAUCUGUCUCCUCUUUCUAAAAAUGUUCAGUGAUGUCCUACACAAGUAAUAUAUAGUCCUAUCUACCCAGUCUUCUCCCUCUAUGUAUUCUGGACUUUGCAUUAUUCUUUGCUAAACAUAUUGGGCCAAAUUCAUCAGUGAUUUGAGUAGACUUACACCAGGGAUGUAUUUGGACCAUUUUGAUAUUUUAUUUACCUCAGUCUGCAGCUUUGAUAGCUUUGAAUGGCUUCCCCACUAGGCAUUUAGGGUGGGAUCUUCCAAAAUCACUUGACAUUGACGUAUCAUUCCAUUUGAAGUAAUGGAAGCAGAGUUAGGCCCAAUGCUAAAUGCUUCUGAAAAUUCCACCCUCGGCAAAUAGAUCACUGGAAAAUGAUAGGCCUAGAGUAACUCAUCUCCAUCUCUUCCUUAAUGCCAAACAUAUUUGGACCUGAUUCUGAUCUUUCUUACUUUGGGUUUACUCUAGUGUCUUCACGGAAGUUACUCCUGAAUUGCACCAGUGCAAGUGAGAUCAGACUAUGGUGUCCUUCAUUUAGGGGAACUUGAAAACUAACCAAAAUCUGAAAGUGCAGCAUUGUGAAUUCUUAAAUAUUAUAGAGGAAAUAUUCUGGCUCUGCCACCAGUUGUGGUAGGGGAAGGUCAAGUAAUUAGAAACUUUUUCUGUGGAUUUAAUAAUCGAGAGACAAGUUCUGAUCUCAGUCACACCGAUCUUAAUCUGGGGUAAUUCCCCUGAAAUCCAUUUACUCAUAACUGCAACUGAGUUCAGUGCCUGGCCCAAAGUGUCUGUUCAGAGUUACCAGCAUUUACUCAAAACAAACUUAGAAUGUUGUCCCUUUCCCCAUUUUUCUGUAAGGAAUUGCAGAUUGAUUCCUUACAAGAAGGUUGACUACAAAGACCAAGACCUGUUUCUGUUUUCAAACCAUUAUAAUUCAGUCCAUUGAAGUCAAUGGAGUCAUGCUGAUAUAAAGUUAGUGUAAGUGAGAUGAGAAUUAGGUCACUAAUGUAUUGAAAAGAACAUUUUUGUGGUCCAGUAUUUGUAUUGCCUUCAGUAGGGUUACUUCACAGAGUCCAAUACAUACUCAUAUGCUGAGAAAAAAGGUACUUUUACGUUGCAGCUUGUGGGAACAGUGCCUUUUGGUGGUAGACCUUUUGUUUUGCAAAUUUGCGGAUGCAGAGUAGGGAUGCUUCUGUCUGAAGCCUUAAUCUAGAGCAAAACCAGAAAUUAUUUAUACGGUCUGAUAAUCCAAUAAUACAGACUGACCACAGGGUGCUGAUUAAGGCUGGGUCCCUGCAGAAUAAAUCUUAGAUCAGCACUGCAGGAGCUGAGGGACGUUUCUAUGGGAGCAAAGUGGUUAAUCAGUGUGCCAUGAACCAUGUUCUCUUGAUGCUCUGUGGUAGUUGCCAGAACUCUGCAUGUAACUGCUCCCCUUGGGCUUUGUUCUAGGAGAGCUCACGCAACUGCUGUGUUUAUUAAAUCUGGCUACCCAACCUGCACUCAUCACCCUUGCGUCUGAGCACCUUGCACAUUCUUAAUUUGUUUUAGUAAUAUCUGAUGUUUAAGGCUAAGAUUUUGUCAUGGGUAUUUUUUAGUAAAAGUCACAGAAGGCCACAACGCACAAUGCUGUUGGGACUUGCAGCUGCUCCAGCUCCGCCACUGCCCCCGGGGGACUGACCCAACUCUGGCUGGCUGCCGGUCAGCUGUUUUGGUGGCCCAGGGGUUAGCCACUGGUCAGAGGUUCUGGCAACUGUGAUUUGAGCAGCCCCGAGACUGACAGCUGCUCCAGCCCUGCCCCAGAAGAAGUCCCGGAGGUCCCAGAAAGUAAUGGAAUCUGCGACCUCCGUGACAGUAUCACUGCCUUACUUAUGUUUCUUAUAUAUGAGUUUCCAGAAUUGAUGGGAGGGAGGGAGAUCCUCUGUGAUACUUCCAUUCCCCAAUCCUCCCACCCAAAAUUUGGAGGCCCAGAUUCUGGGCUCCAAUGCGCAGACCCUUUCUAGCAAAGCUGUAUCGGGUCUCUAGGGAGGGCGGUUUCCCACGUGGGAUAACAAUGCCCUGUUAUCUCCAUUCUCCAUGCAGCUCCCAGCCUAAGGGAGUAGGAAGGAUUAGAGUUGGAGUACUCUGGGCACCGAUUAUCCUAGCCUCCCUGACAAUUCAUAGGGAGUCACUGCAGGCAAUAUAAAUUACAGCAGCCUUGGAGCUGCUCUGACUAAUGCUGGGGCCCCAGCAGCCCCCAAACCAUCCAAAAUCCCACAGCUGCAAAAGUCAGGUAAAGCCACUUGUGCUCCUCCCAACUGUGCCUGGCUGGCACAUCACAGAAUCUGGCUUUAAGUCAGGUGGAAACUCUUGGCAGAGGGGAUCUCUUUCAGUGCCUAUUUAAAUAACAGCCAGAAGAGGGGUCACUGGAGAGUGUGCUGUCUUGAUUUCCCCUCACCUGCUCCAUCUUCUGCAUGAGCUAUCUACAGCAGUCCCAGUCCUUGUUGAUCCAGGGAGCCAGGCACCAAAUAUGCACCCCUGUGUUUCAGUGCAUUACAGUGUUCCUAAAGCGCCAUGCUGGCCCUCGGUGUCCAAAAUUGGAUAUUACUUAUCAAGUGAAUGUCCUUCUAAAGUCAAGUAAAAGGGAAAUGUUUAUCAAAUCAAGGAAAGGAGCAGACCAAGUCAAGGAUAAAAGGUCACAUAAAAGAUUAAAUGUAGAUGAAAAUGGUGCCCUAUAUAUGAAAAUGAUCCCCCAAUUUAUUCCCUACACCCAAAUGUCUGCUGUCAAAAUGCCCUAAAGCUUCACUUACCAAGACCUGACUUCAGGACUCUGUGAUUCUCCUGGAAAGGUGGAUAACUUGGAAGGCUGUAAAUGCAUGGUGUGAUUACAGCUGGCGAACAAGUAGCAAGAUUCCUAUGUUCUAUUCCCAGAUGUGUCACUAUUGCUGAGAGCUUGGGUAAAUCCUUGAAACUGACUCAUUUCCCACAUCUGUAAAAUGGAGAUUAUACCUGCCUUCCUUUGUAAAGUGCUAAUGAUCUUUGUUUGAAAGGUACUAAAUACACAAAGGGAAAAAUAUUAUGUCACAGGCCCUAAGCCAGUGCAAGACCUAUAUUCCUUAACAUCACCAUCACCUAUGCAUUGUAUCAGCUGCAGCUGGGGAAAUGAUGGCCUUUGAACACCAAUGUUGGCAGGUAAGAGGAAGAGGGAGUAGUUUUCAAAUUUUUAAAAUGUGUCAACUUGAACAUUUUAGGUGUACAUGAAUAGACUAAUAUUUGGCACCUAUAUAGCACUUUUCAUCUUCAAAGUGUUUUACAAACACUAGCUAAUUAAUCCUCACAACAUCCCUAGGAGGUUGCUGAAUAAGUAAGAUUUUGGUAACGAUUUGGGAUUGUAAUCAGUGUUUUAAUACAGGGAUUUUGUUUUUAAGCAUUUAAGUUUACUUUUAAUUAAAGGUUUUUCUCAAGGAGUUGAGAUGUUCAAGGUGACCUACAAGUUCAAGGAGGUGACGGUGGGCUGUGAGGGGAAAAUCCUGUUAACCAAGCCAGAGCUAUAUUAUGGACAGAUUUCAGAGUAGCAGCCGUGUUAGUCUGUAUUCGCAAAAAGAAAAGGAGGACUUGUGGCACCUUAGAGACUAACUAAUUUAUUUGAGCAUAAGCUUUCGUGAGCUACAGCUCACUUCAUCGGAUGCAUAAAGUGGAAAAUACAGUGAGGAGAUUUAUAUACAAAAAUGGGUGUUUAUCAUACACAUUGUAAGGAGAAUGAUCACUUAAGAUGAGCUAUUACCAGCAGGAGAGUGGGGUGGAGGGAGAGAAAACCUUUUGAGUGAUAAUCAAUGUUGGCCAUUUCCAGGAGUUAAAAAGAACGUCUGAGGAACGGGGGGGGGGGGGGAAUAAACAAAGGGAAAUAGUUUUACUUUGUAUAAUGACUCAACCACUCCCAGUCUCUAUUCAAGCCUAAAUUAAUUGUAUCCAAUUUGCAAAUUAAUUCCGAUUCAGCAGUCUCUGGUUGGAGUCUGUUUUUGAAGUUUUUUUGUUGAAGAAUAGUCACUUUUAGGUCAGUAAUCGAGUGACCAGAGAGAUUGAAGUGUUCUCUGACGGGUUUAUGAAUGUUAUAAUUUUUGACAUCUGAUUUGUGUCCAUUUAUUCUUUUAUGUAGAGACUGUCCAGUUUGACCAAUGUACAUGGCAGAGGGGCAUUGCUGGCACAUGAUGGCAUAUAUCACAUUGGUAGAUGUGCAGGUGAACGAGCCUCUGAGUAAACGACAUGGUGAAGCGUGUGCUUUCAAUAAGCAAUUUUUUCUCAUAAAGCUUUCUUCAUUGCAAAAAUCCUUUUUAUAAAAAAAAGAAAAAAAAUUAUCAGAACAGACCAAAUAAUAAAAUGGGUAGAAGAUGGAAUUUAUUCCUAUGUCUUUAGGAGUCAGACAAAUAGCCAAUUAAUGUCAGUUGCCAGAAAUAUUUUAGCCUGAGCAGGUAUGUGCAAACCCUACUCCACUGUGGAAAUCAGUUUUCCCUUGGAUUUAUUCCUGUUUCCCAAACUCUCAGACAUGAGAGAGAGAGAGAGAGAGAGAGAGAGACAUGGUCAGAUUAAAAAUAAUUAGAAAAAAUAAGUUCAUUAUAUUACAGAUAACACUAUAGAUCAUUAAAACUGAAACGAUUUGAAAAAUUUAACCAACUUUUCACCAUUGGUGCUUUUUGCUUCGCUUUUCCAGUUUCAUCUUGGACAAUGAGAUAAACUCGUCACUGUCACUUUUGUUUUUAGUCAGUUUUUCCUUGAUCCUCUCAUGCUGCUUCUUUGGGCUACUGCAGAUUAAUGUUUGUUUGGUUUUCAAAAUGCUUUCAGGGAAAUUUAAAAAGAAACCAUAGAAGCAUUUCUAUUUGUUUUAAGUUCUGAGAGAGGUUAUUUUUACCAGACCGACAUUUUGGGCUGUAUUUGAUCUGACAAUGUCCCUUUGGGGUCCAAUCCUUCAGUCUUUGCACAUCCAAAACUCCCUUUGAUAUCUCCUUUUCAAGUCAUUGAAGGUUUCAGAUAUGCAGGGAAUAGAAGACCUUUAUGUUUUUGAAGCAGGAACUCCCAAUCUGUUACAGCAGACUUGAGGGCAAGGAUGAUUGUAUGUGUGGUAACAAAGUCACAUUAGCUCUGCCCUUUAACUGAUGAAUGUAGAAAAUACAAUGCAAAGUGUUUGAUUUGCACCAUGUUAACCUUUUGAAACAUGGAUACAACUCUGUGUCUUGAGUGCCUGUUGAGUUCUUUAUGAAACAUGCCACCUUCAAUAAACUGUUUUUUUUAAUGUC